ACUCAAGACUUUCAGACAAAAAACGCAGAGAGGCAAGAGGCGAUAGGAGAGGAGCCGAUGGGAUGUCGGUGCCACCACAGAGAGAGAGAGAGAGAGAGAGAGACAUACUGGUGGUCGCAGCGAUGAAGACAACUCCCAAGCCCUAGAUCUGCAUUGGAUCUGCUCAAAUCUGGACUCUAAGAGAUAUGUAUUACGACAAGUACCUCAGCUGGCUUAGAGCAGAUCCUGCCAUGGAUGUUCUAUCAUAAAGUUAUUGGGGUUUCAACCUUUUUUCUGUUUGUGGAAGGAAAUGCUGCAUCUACUAGUGUAUCUAAAGUCCUGGAAUCUAUUCCAGGAGUAAAAGUAAUCUACAGAACAAGAGAGUUAGAAGAGCAACAAGCCAAGAGUCGGAUCUGGAAUGAGACAUGGCUGUCCAGUUUCUUUUACAAACCAUGCAACCACGAGCUCUUCGUGAAGCAGUCUCUUAAUAUGGAGAUGGCUAUUGUCAUGGCAAGGGAUUCUGGGAUGGACUGGAUAAUUCAUCUCGAUACGGAUGAAUUACUACAUCCAGGCGGUGCACGGGAGUACUCUUUGAGGCAGUUGCUGCUGGAUGUGCCUAGGAGCGUGGAUAUGGUUGUCUUUCCGAACUAUGAGAGUAGUGUUGAAAGAGACGAUGUCAAGGAACCUUUCACUGAGGUAUCCAUGUUCAAGAAGAACUAUGACCAUUUGCCAAAGGAUACCUACUUUGGCAUGUACAAAGAGUCAACUCGUGGUAACCCAAACUACUUUUUGACUUAUGGAAAUGGGAAAUCAGCUGCUCGAAUUCAAGAUCAUCUUCGUCCAAAUGGUGCACACAGAUGGCAUAAUUAUAUGAAAACCCCAAAUGAGAUCAAAUUUGAAGAGGCCGCUGUUCUACAUUACACGUAUGCCAAGUUUUCAGACUUGACUUCAAGACGAGAUCGAUGUGGUUGCAAGCCGACGAAGGAGGAUGUAAAAAGAUGUUUUAUGUUGGAAUUUGACAGAUCUGCAUUCAUAAUUGCUUCAACAGGGACAGAAGAGGAAAUGCUAAAUUGGUAUCAUGAACACGUUGUGUGGACUGACAAAACACUAAACUUGAAACUGUUGAGGAAGGGCAUUUUGACUCGAAUAUAUGCUCCUAUGGUUGUCAUUCAAGGUUUGAGGGAGUCUGGCGUUUUUAGCUCUGUUAUAGCAUCUGCCCCCUCAACUCUCUCGAAGGACAAGUUCUUAGCAUCCAUUGAGAGGAGUAACUCAUCCCGAGCUGCUGCUUCUAAAUCACUUCCCUCAAGGAAGAUUGGUAGAAGCAGAGAGUCUCAAGCCACCGCUAGGAAGGCUUUAGAGAUUGCAGCUACCUCAAUUCAUGAGGCAGCUGUCCCGCCCUUGUCUCCCCCGGGCAUGGAUGGUGACCUCACGAUUGAAGCUUGA